GGCCGGUACCAGACCCUGGCCUCGGGGCAGCGGGCCGCACUCCGGGGGGCCUCGUGGGGAGCUGAGAUCUCGGGGGAGGGUCCCAGUCAGCCGGGCGGAAGUCUGGAGACCCUCCCCGUCUUCCUGUUGCAGGGAGGGCGACCUGCAUGCCCAGCGCCGCCCCUGCGCCAUGGACCGCGGCCAGCUCAGCCCGGAGCCCGCGGCAGCGGACCCCGUCGCCCCCGGCCAGAGCGUGAUCGCGCCCGUGCGCGCCGUGGUCCGCCUGCGCCGCCGCGUGCGCCUCCUGCGCAAGCGGUGCCUCCCGCCUCCGGCCGUGAGGCCGGACUCCGAGCCCCGGGCGCCGCGCGCGGACCCAGACCAGCCGCAGUUUUUCACCUUCGACGGCCCGGCAGAGCUGUCCUCGAGGCCUCCGCGAAAGAAGCUCCGGCGCAGCCGCGUCGUGCUCUACCCCGAGACGUCGCGCAAGUACCGGCCGCGCGCGGAGCGCCGGAGCCGCGCGCAGCGUUGCCUGUUGUUGCUUGUGGCCAUCGUGGGCUUCCAGGUGCUCAACGCAAUCGAGAACCUGGACGAUAACGCGCAGCGCUAUGACCUUGACGGUCUGGAGAAGGCGCUGCAGCGUGCCGUGUUCGGCCAGCCGGCGGCCGUGGGGCGCAUCGUGGCGCUGCUGCGGGACUACCUGGCUACGCACGUGCAUAGCCGCCCGCUGCUCCUGGCGCUGCUCGGGCCCAGCGGCGUGGGCAAGAGCCAUGUGGGCCGCCUGCUGGCGCGCCACUUCCGCGCGGUGCUCGAGGAUGGCGCGCUCGUGCUGCAGUACCACGCGCGGCACCACUGCCCCGAGCCGCGCGCCGCGGCGGACUGCCGCCAGGAGCUGGGGCGGCGCGUGGCCGACGUGGUGGCGCGGGCCGAAGCGGAGGAGAAGACUCCGCUCCUGGUACUGGACGACGUGGAGCUCCUGCCGCCGGCGCUGCUGGAUGAGCUGCACGGCUUCCUGCAGCCGCAGCGGUCGCACCACUUCCACAACGCCAUCUACGUGCUCCUCAGCGGCAACGGCGGCGCGGAGGUCACGCACUCCGUGCUGCAGAACGCGUCCCGCGCGCUGGCCCUGCGCGCAGACAGCGCCCACGGGGCCGCGGCCGCGGCGGUGGCGGCACAGGCCGAGGAGGAGCUGCACGCCAGCCUGAGGGCGCUCCUGGUCCGCGAGCACCCUCUGUGGCAGGCCGCGGCCAUCGUGCCCUUCCUGCUGCUGGACAAGGGGGACGUGGUCAACUGCUUCCGGGACGAGAUGGCCGGGGAGGGCUUCUUCCCGGAGCAGGCCCGCGCCGAGCUCCUGGCCGCGCAGCUCAGCUACUACCGCGUGGCUGGCCGCGAGUUCGCCGUCACUGGCUGCAAGGAGGUGGUGGCCACGGUGAACCUCUUGUAGCGCAGGCGCCGCCGGACGCAGUGGACGCCCACGGGCACGACGGAACAUAGGUUUGACAGUGAGGGUGGAGGAAGGGGACCGUGAUGGAUUUGCUCCAGGCCUCUAAACCCCGAAUAAAUC